AUGGAAGCCAGUGUACACGCUGAGAGCAACUUCGGUCCCAGGCGCCUCGUGUCUUCUGCAGGAGGAAGGCGCUGGCGGAGGAGGAAGGCCCUGGCAGCUAUUCAUAUCUACGUGACGGACGCCUCUGAGACGCCGCACUUCGACUCUUCGCAUUACUAUUACUCCAUUCCCGAGUUCGCCACGCCGGGGACCUUUGUGGGGAAAGUAGUCGCCUAUGAUGACGACGACGACCUCGAACACUACGCCUUGGAUGGUGUGGAGCCUCCUAAUAUGUUCAUCGUGGACCGAGUGCGUGGCUUCAUCGCCGUGGGUCGCUCGCCCCUGGACAAACAGUGGGUCUAUCACUUCCGGGCUGUUGCUAUCGACUACCAUGGCCACGUAGCCUCGGUUCCUGUCACUGUGUAUAUUAUAGCCAGCAGGCCUUGGUACGCACAACACAUGGGGAAGAAUAAACCCGAGAACCGCCACAAGCCGGUGUUUCCCGAGUGCGGCUCCUACGACGGCGUCCACGUGAAGGAGAACAUGACAGCGGGGACGCCAGUGGUGUUGGUGCUGGCCACUGACGAAGACACGGGGCAGAAUGGCCAUGUAAUGUAUACCCUGAUUAACAGUUUCGACAGCUUUACAGUGCAGGCGUCGAAUCAGCAUGGCCAGAUCACUACAACGAGGGUAAGCGUGUAUAUUGUGCAUUAGCAGGCAUGGUCUGGUCACUA